UAUGGUCUUUGUUCCCAAGUUUAUCAAAUGUACGAAUAUUGCUCUGGACAAAGUAAUGAUGAAACUACAACCGUCGUAAUAGGAAGGAGGGGAAAAGCUGGGCCACGCGGACCGCCUGGAAUAUCUGGAAGUCCUGGAGUCGUAGAUGUUGCUUCAAUAGACACAAAAAUAUCGGAGGAGUUUGCAGCUAUUUCAAAGACGAAUGGAUGGUUCAGUUGAUUUUUUUCGGAAAUACAAUGACUAUGUCUAUGGAUUUGGUGCAAAGCAUGGAGAAUAUUGGCUUGGACUAAAAAUACUUCAUCUACUAACUUCAUCUCGGGAGUAUGAGUUACGAAUCGACUUAGAAGACUGGGAUGGGAACAAAAAAUUUGCCAAAUAUUCAUCUUUCAAAAUCGGAAAUGCAGCUUCUGGUUAUCAACUGACGAUUGGGGGAUACUCAGGCAACGCAGGAGAUUCUCUGAAUGAUGGCAAUGGCAGAUCAUUCAGCACAAAAGACAAUGAUUCCGACAACAGCUCGGGCAGUAACUGUGCUACCGUCUAUAAAGGCGCCUGGUGGUAUAAUGAAUGUCAUCAAGCCAAUCUAAACGGAUUUUACUUUGUAGGAGGAACACACAAAUCAUUCGCAGACGGCAUAGAAUGGAAUUCAUGGAAAGGUAUUAUUACUCACUUAAGUUCACCGAGAUGAAAAUCAGAGCAUUAUAACUUACUGACGUUACUGUAUAUACAUAUCUACUAAUUUAUUAUUAUUAAAAUAAUAAAAACUUCAUAAAUGAUUCAUUAUGAAGCCUUGAAAGGUGUAUACAAAAAUUCGAUUCUGCCUGAACAACUUGAGAUAGAAAUCAAAGUGAUAGAGUGUGAUAAUAUCCAUGGAGUAUUCAUUACAUUGACUUUAACAAAGCCCGGUAGUGCGGGCCGUCAAUAUGUAGGCCUAUCUAAAAAAACAGACUGACGAAAAAACUUCGGCACAACUGCAAAUGAUUUUUCCGUAUACGCUAUAGCUUGUGCAUAAUGUUA